CCCUCACCUACUCUGUAACCACGCCCACUCCCCUCUAGCCCCGCCCCCUCCGGACCGGUUCUGCGACUCCCCCUGAGGAAGUCUUCAUUCAGGGUGUGUUCCUCCUCCGGUGCAGACAUGAGUGACGCGUUCCCCAGGGCGGUGGAGGAGGUGAAGGUCCUGCUGAAGAAGCCGGCCACCGCAGAGCUCAGCCAGCUGUACGGGCUGUACAAGCAGGCCACGGAGGGGGACGUCAGCACGGAGCGUCCCGGGAUACUGAACUUCACCGCAGUUGCUAAAUGGGACGCCUGGAACUCCAGGAAAGGUCUUUCUCAAGACAAAGCGAAGGCCGAGUACGUCCAGCUGGUGGAGACGCUGAAGGCCAAAUACGGAAUCUAGACUUUCUGCAAUCGUGGGGGAGAAAUUUUAUUUAUUUAUUUUAAGUAAAAAAAUAAAUAAAUAAAUAAAUAAAUAAAAAGUGACGUGAAUUCCUGAUUAACUGAAGAUUAGACUGAUCCGCAA